AUGCUGUCAAUUACACGUUUGAGUGCAAAAUUUGCGGAGGUACUACAAGAACAAUACAAGUAUCGUGAUAUCAUCGCAACGGAUUUGACAGAUUCAUAUCAAAAUCUGGUUCACGCGUGCUUGACCUUCCAUGUCAAAUACUGUUCAUCGGUGCCUUUCCUGCUGAAAGUUGAUGAUGACGUUGCCGUGCAUUCCGACAGACUUUUGGGUCCCUGGAUUUGGGCUACGAAUGCGCACCGUCGACUGUAUUGCUAUGUACACAACAAUACAGCUCCGAUUCGCAAUCCACUAAAUAAAUGGUACGUGUCAAAAAAGGCCUGGCCCUUCAAGUAUUACCCACCGUACUGCAACGGGCCGUUCUACAUGAUGGGAAAUGAAACAGUGAAAGAGAUUGCUCAAGCGUCUUUGCAUCGUUCGUCU